ACUUUGAUGAAUAACUUGUAGAGUCCAGAGCAUGAUGAUGAAGAGAUGGGAGAUGAUGCUGUACAGAUGGAAUGUCUGGAAACAUUUGCUACAAAAGAUUUUAUAAUGGAACCUGGUGUGUUUUCAAUGCUCAAACAGUUUCUACAAGCAGGUGGAUCACCUGAGCGUGUUGUAGAGUUGCUGUCAGACAAUUAUCAUGGUGUAGCACAGACGGUUAAUUUAUUAGCUGAAUGGAUGAUACAGGUUGGUGUGGACAUAAAUGAGGUACAGGAGAUGGUAGAAAGUCAUCUUAAAGAAGUUAUUGUGCGGACGUUUGAUCCUAAGAAAGCAGAUUCUAUUUUCUCUGAUGAGGGAGAGACUCCAAGUUGGUUAGCAGAGAUGAUAGAGUUUCCUACAUGGCGACAGUUGUUCUACAGGUUAGCCGAGGAGUAUCCAGACUGCCUUAUGUUAAACUUUACCAUUAAGCUUAUAUCAGAUGCUGGGUUCCAGGGAGAGAUAACAUCAGUUUCCACAGCCUGCCACCAGAUUGAGGUCUUCUCAAGAGUUCUUCGUACCUCAAUAUCUUCUUUCCUAGAAGGUGGUGUCGAAAUAAUGGAGAAAAAUUUACCUGAAUUUACUAAAAUGGUAUGUCACGGUGAACAUACAUACCUAUAUAGUCAGGUGAUGAUGACAAUAUUAGCACAGGAACAAAAGGGAGGAUCAAAUAUCAGGAGGAUUUGUCAGGAGCUACAGAAAUGUGCCAAUAAUAGAGGAUUGGAUGUGACACCUAUCACACUUGCAUUGAGUGGCGCAGCAGCAUACCCCAGAGCAUGUCAGGCACUUUCCUCAAUGUUGUCAAAGAAGGCCCUGAAUCCUGCAGAUAUAACUAUAUUAUAUAAGAUGUACUCUGACAACCAGUAUCCUCCACCUCCAGUUGAUCUUAUCCGAGUCCCAGCUUUUCUAGAUCUGUUGAUAGAAUCUCUGUUCAAGAUGAAUCAAAGAUUGAAUCAGGAACAUAAGAACAAGUAUAUAUACUUACUGUCCUAUGCUGCUAGUGUUACAGAAGCUUAUAAAAAGGGUGUGAGGAAGCAUAUUGAAAGGAAGGAGUUGAAACCUACAACACAGGCAUUAGAGAAAGUACAAGCUUUGUGUGCAUUAAAUAAAAAUGCUUCAGAACUUUUAGUAGAUGUAUCAACUCUCUUCCAAUGUAUAAAGUUUCCAGUGAUUGCAAUAGGAGUGUUAGCAUGGGUAGAUGAGAUUUUAUCAGACAAGAGUUAUUUCAAACUAAAUACUGAUCAUACCCCCCUACACCUUGUGCUGGUAGAUGAAAUCGUCACCAAUCAUAUAUUGUUACAUCAAAAAGCUUUAGAUCUUCUCAUCAGAUUGUUUGAAUCAAACUUUGAUGAGCUUGAUGUACUUGUACAACUUGAGUUGAAGAAAACAGUAUUGGAUCGUAUGGUGCAUGUAUUUAGUCAUGGCUGUGUUAUACCAGUAGUUAACUAUAUAAGAGGAUGUCAUAACAAACAAGACACAGACAUAUCUCUCAUCAGACAUUUUGUCUCUGAGGUAUUAGAUGUGAUAGCUCCACCAUAUACACAAGAUUUUGUGAAUCUAUUUUUACCACUGAUAGAGAAUGAAGGUAUUACAGGAACCCUACGCUCAGAGGAUGGUAAUGAUCCUGUCUCCGAAUUUAUAUGUCAUUGUAAGGCUAACUACAGUACCACCUGAAGUGUUCACCAACUUGUCUAGUAAUGGCUAACUCUAGAAUGAAGUCUUCAAAUAUAAUAGAACAGUAACCUUGUAAUGUGAUGUUUACAUUCUGUUGAAAAUGAUAAUGGUGUUAAUGGUAUAAAAAACUGUUACACGGAAAUAUCAACAGUUUUUCAUCAGCGGACAGCAAAAGAAAAACUGUUUCAAGGAAACAUCAACUGGCACAUCAGUGAACAGCAAAAAAAAAAUAAUGGAGAUUUCAUGGCAUUAUUUUGAUGGAUGUUUACAUAUUGUGCUGGACACAGUAGAGACUAUUUUGUGUUUAUAGAUACAGAUCUCUCUGAGUGUUAACAUAUAUUAGGCUACAAGAGAUAAGUAUUACUGAUUGGUCUGUAUCACAGCCUCAAAUCAUCAACUUUGAGUCUAUCAGGGGCCACAAUCAUGUUUUCUCAACAGUUUCAGGAUGUACACUUUAUUAAUUGAGCUAGUAGCUUUUGUUACACUUCCUGUUUCACAUUUAUUAAUAUUUUAAUAAUUUAGAUCUUUAAUUGCAUGAAAAGGAACACAAGAGGUGAAUGGUCCGGCAACUUGCAAUUGCAUAGAUUAAUGAUAUACCAUGCAUUUGCUGACCUACCCUUAUGCCAGAAAACUAUUUUAAGUCCAGCAGUGUUUUCUUUUCUUUUCAAAGCAAAAAAGGUGGUUAAAUUUGAAAAAGAUUUUAUUUUUAAUGCAUUGUCAUAGAACAUGAUUUUAUGGAAUUCUAUAUUGUGGAACGAAACACUGAAGAUAGGGAACCAAUGUUUGGUUAAUUGACUGUUACUUAACAACUCAUAAAACAGUUAAAUCUUAGUUCUCACCUGAUGCAAACAGAAAUAUAGAACCAGCUUUAUAGUAAGAUAAUGGCUGUGGUAUAGAGUUAAUAUUGUUAUACUUAUGUACAACAAUCUGGAACAAAAGUGUUGUCUUUUUCAGAAACAGGAAAAAUGGGAGAUAUUUUCUUAAAUAUUUACUUUGCAACACGCUCGAUUCUACAUUUGUACUAUGAUAAAGUAAAUGUUGAACUAAAUAAUAAAACAGAAUACUGAAUGAAAGAACUUUGUUUUAUUUUAUUUUUUAAUUAUUUUUUUUCAACAAAUAAAAUACAUGUAUAAGACAUUUCAAAUAGCAAUUAAAAUUAAUACAA